AAUGGUGUAUAAGUGUUGUGUUCCACGUUGCAGAGGAAAUUACGAAAAUAAGCCACGAGUAGCGGUGUUUUCUUUUCCUAAAAGCACUGAACUACAGCAGAAAUGGAUAUCUGCAAUACAUCGUGAAAAUUUCCAGGUUACACAGAAUUCGAAGGUCUGCGAGCUCCACUUCACUGAAGACCUCAUUCUGAAACACAGUGAAUAUUUCGACAGUUCCACAGGGAAGAAAUAUUCUGUGCCACUUCCAAAACCUCGCCUUAAAACAGGAGCCAUACCAUCCAUUCUGCCUAACUGUCCGAAGUAUCUUUCAUCAGCUUCUUGUUCGAGGGAAAGUGGAGAUGAGAGACGAAAGCGUCUGGAAAAUAGAGACUUAGAAAUAGCUAUUGCAGCGAGUGUAGCAACUCAUGCUCAGUAUGAACAGGAAAGACAUUUUGUGGACUUUAAUGGUUUUGUUAAGUGUUUAGAGGGUAUCAAGCUGCCUAAUGACUGGCAUCUGAUAAAGUCAGAAAGUUCAAUAACUUUUGUUCUAAUAGACGUCAAAGGUAUUCCUACACUUUUGUGUUCUGUUGUGGUGACUACUGACCUGAGCAUGUAUUUAUAUGAGGGUAAAAGUGUAAUCUCAAAACUUGGUACAAGAAAGUUCCCUUUAACUAUAAACCAUUUAAAUGACUUAAUUAAAUGAGACAGGUAUUUGUAAUUGAAUCCAAGAUAAGAAUUCAGACUCUGCUUUCCUUGAAAAUUUCAUCCUCUGCUCUUGGUGAAAUUGGCAUGGAUUUAGCUUCUUUUGAAAGUGAUUGUGUAGAUGAUAUUACCUUACCACCACCAUCAAACUUUCAGAGCAUAAGGGAUUUCAGUGAAGAACAAGUUCAGUCUGUUCAGGAAUACUUGCCUGUUUUCACAUACUUGUCAGGAUACUGUGCCAGAGCUGUUCUUAAGAAGCUGAGGUGUGAAACAUGUAAAACGUACUUAGUGCUUGAUAAAACAUUAUCAGUAAUAGAAAGUGAUGAAAGCUAUGGACUUCUAAGAAACGUAUAUAGAGGUGGAUUGUAUUGCCCUAAUAAUGAGGUCAUUAAUGCUGUUAUUUUCACUUAUUUGAUUGUUAAAAACUUGGUGUCUGGAGAACAUGAGCUCUCCUUCAUGAGAUGUACAUCCCAGAGAAAUCUAGUUAUAAGAUUAGCUGUUGAUGUAAUUAAAAGGGAAGACUUUUUCCUAAGGGAAUUUUCUUGUAGUCAGGUAGAUCAAACUGAUGACAAAAUUCUUCAGUCU